CUUUAGAAACUUUUAAUAAAACCACUAAUCAAACGCCACGACGUUCCCACGGCGUUUUUCUUUAUAUAUAUGUACGAAGGAGAAGCGUAGUUUUUGGUGAAAAUCCCGAGUAUCGCGCAACAGAUAUAAUUUUCCCGACAGACGCGGGAUAAACUUAUUGCCGGAAGCGUAGCUUUUUCUUGAUAGGUUUCGGAAGGUAAUUUGAUUUGGAAGGUGACAGGAAUAUUUCUCUCCCAAAUCAAACCACCCCUCAAGGCCGUAAUUUCUAUAAUCAUUCGGCUUUUUUAUGUUUCUCGCAUGGUCGGUUCCCACUGUCACAGAAGACAGAAGGAACAAAGAAAUGGGUCCACCAUUCCGCGGAAGUUCUAUAACUUUUAAAUUUCGCCUGGGUGGCUCCGAGCCGUGAAAAGAUUGAAAUAUAACCGUCGCGCCACCAUUUGCGAGCUCUCAACGGAAUACUGUUUGAUCAGCAGCGUUGGCCGAAAUUCCACCGUUAUUCGUAGGAUUUCGGCUGGAGAUUAACGGGGAAUCGGGAAUGAAACAUGGAAAAUACGAGCUCGGACGGACUCUGGGAGAAGGGAAUUUCGGGAAAGUGAAAUUUGCUAGGAGGGUCGACAAUGGCGAAGCAUUCGCUGUCAAGAUCCUCGAUCGAAAGCGGAUCCUCGAUCUCAAAAUCGACGAACAGAUAAAGAGGGAAAUCGCGACGCUGAAGCUUUUGAAGCACCCUAACGUCGUUCGACUCGUUGAAGUCUCUGCAAGCAAAACCAGAAUCUAUAUGGCAACAAAAGGAGCGCUAUCAGAGCAGGUUGGCCGUAAGCUUUUUCAGCAAUUGAUUGAUGCAAUAAGCUACUGUCAUGAUAGGGGAGUUUAUCAUAGAGACUUAAAGCCUGAAAACGUUCUUAUUGAUGCAAAUGGAAAAAUUAAGAUUUCUGACUUUGGACUUAGUGCUUUAUCCCAACAUCUUGGGAAUGAUGGGCUGUUGCACACGACUUGUGGAAGUCCGAAUUACAUUGCUCCUGAGGUCAUUGCCAACAGAGGUUAUGAUGGUGCCUUGUCAGAUAUCUGGUCUUGUGGUGUAAUCCUUUAUAUUAUUCUUAUCGGAGAGCUUCCAUUUGAUGACCGGAAUCUUGCAGUUCUUUAUCAAAAGAUUAUUAAGGGAGAUACCCAGAUCCCCAAAUGCCUUUCCCAGGGUGCUCAAAAUAUGCUGAGGAGGAUUCUAGAUCCGAAUCCUAGAUCUCGGAUAAAUGUUUCUCAAAUAAAGGAAGAUGUUUGGUUUAAGCAAGAUUAUACUCCGACUGUUCCUUAUGAUGAUGACUCAUACCCAGAUGAUGAAUCCCUCUCACUAAAAGUGUCCAAUGAGGCAGAUGAGCAUAGAAGCAUACCUACUCAAAUCAAUGCGUUUGAGCUCAUAGGAAUGUCUUCGUGUCUUGAUCUUUCAGGCUUUUUCGAGAAAGAGGACGUCUCUGAAAGGAAAAUCAGAUUCACAUCAAACUAUUCCCCCAAAACAUUGUUUGAGAAGAUCGAUGAAAUUAUUACUGAAAUGGGUUUCCAAGUUCAAAGUGGAAACCGAAAGAUCAUGCGGCAAACUAGAGUGUUUACCACCUCAAGGAGCCCAUGUUCUGUUUCUGUAGCUGCUGAGGUAUUUGAGCUCAGCAAAUCCCUUUACGUUGUGGAACUACGGAAAGCAUACGGGGAUUCUACUUUGUAUAGAAAGUUAUGCUCAAAGAUAACAGAUGAGUUAGGUCUCUAUAAAAGCGAACCACUUUCGAAGACUCCAUCACUGCUGUCAUAGUUCAAUCAAUAUAAAGGAAAUAGGUCUCUCAGUGCUGUGUAAAUAUUUAGUCGGUACCGUCCAGGUUGCAGGAUUAAGAAUAAUAAUUCUUUAUGCUCUUAGUUAUUAGUUUAGAUUUGUUACAAUUGUAAAUUAUUUGCAUAUCUUACAAAAGGGUGCUGUAUUUAUAAUAUAGAAAAUAAAAGUUCAAUGUAAAAAAUUUCGGUUCUGUUUAAUAGAAGUGCGCAUUUCUUUCUCUUCUACUGAUAUUUUCUUUGUAACGUUAA